AUGGAAGCGAGAAGUGCGUUGCACAUACUCAAUGCUCCAAGCACCAAAAGUCUGAAGUAUGCGAUCCGAUCUGGUCUCAUCAAAAACUGUCCUAUCACUGAAGAAGCUAUCAACCAUGCUGAAGCAAUCUUUGGACCUGACGCAUCUACUUUGAAAGGCAAGUCAACAAGACCAACUCCAAAGAAGACCUAUGACGACUUCUUCAGUCCACCAGAGGAAUUGUAUCAACAUAAUCGAUCUAUUACCGUCUGUAUUGAUCACAUGGAGAUCGAGAAUGCUAAGUUUCUCACCUGCAUUGAUACCACUGUGCGUUAUCGCUCAUGUAUUCCCUGUAGAACCUCAAGACUGAACCUGGAUAAGAUAUUCCGCCACUACAAUAAGGCAGGCUUUCAUGUCAAGACGAUCAAGUGUGAUCGAGCUUUCAUCCCUCUCACGGAUGAUAUGCUAGAUGAUAUGGGUGUUACUAUUGACCCGACUGCAGCUGGAGACCAUGAGCCUACAGCUGAGCGAAACAAUCGGACGCUGAAAGAAAGAGUUAGAGUAGCUCUUGCACGAUUACCCUACAAAGUGGUCCGAAAGGUGAUAACUGAAUGUCUUGGACGUCGAGCCGCCGAGCUAUUGAAUGUCUUUCCCCAGAAAGACAGUAUUUCCUCACAUUUCAGUCCGCAGCAACUCAUUGAUAGUGUCAAUAUCAACUACAAGAGUGACAUGGUUGCUGAGCUUGGACAGUAUGUUCAUGCAAUUGGGACGGAUUCCAACAAUUUGAUGGAACCGCAAAGUAUUGAAGCGAUCUACAUUGAACCUACAAAGGGACAACGUACAGGGCACCGAGUGCUCAACCUCAAUACUAAGAAGAUGAUUUCUCGACCCAAGGUUGUCGUACUACCCGUUACCGAUCAAGUCAUCCAGCGUGUUGAAGCUUGGGCUGCUGCCAAAGGUGUUACUUCCAUGAAGUUCUUUGAUAAGAAGAGAGAUUUGGAUACAUUUCAAGAUGGCAAUCAAAUUGCAGGAGUGGAUGACACGGAACAAGGUUACUUAGAGGAAGCCUUCGAUCAGGACUAUGAACCUGAAGAAGAAGAUGAACGUGAUUUCAACCUACGUGGACAAUUCGAUGAUAUCGAUGACUCCAAAAGAAAUGAGCUCUUGGCAGAUGCAGACAAUGAUGUCGAUGAUAUGCCGGAACUCACUGUCAGAUUCCAAG